GCCCGGCCGGCGCUGCGGGGAGGCGGCUGCCUGAGCGGGGCCGCCCCCGCGCCUCUCCCGCCCUCCCUCCCUCCCGCCCCGCGCCGCCUGGACCACUGGGAAAGAUGGAUGGGCACGUCCUGGGAUGGAUCGUCCUGCUGUGGCUCGCAGCUGAGGUGGAAGGGUUGCAGGUCACUGUGCCUGAGAAGAAGAAGGUGGCCAUGCUGUUUCAGCCUGCUCUGCUUCGCUGCCAUUUCUCUACUUCCUCCACCCAACCAGCUGUGGUGCAGUGGAGGUACAAAUCUUACUGCCAGGACCGGAUGGGAGAAGCUUUGGGAAUGGUGACCUCUGGGUUACAAACAAUGAGCAAGAGGAACCUGGACUGGGAUCCCUACCUGGACUGUGUGGACAGCAGAAGGACAGUCCGUGUCGUGGCCUCCAAACAGGGAUCUGCCAUCACUAUAGGGGACUUCUAUAAGGAAAGAGAUGUCAGCAUUGUCCACGAUGCAGACCUGCAGAUUGGGAAGUUGAUGUGGGGAGACAGUGGGCUCUACUACUGCCUUAUUAUCACACCAGAUGACGUGGAGGGCAAGAAUGAAGAAUCAGUGGAGCUGCUUGUGCUGGGCAGGACAGGGCUGCUUGCUGAUCUCUUGCCCAGUUUUGCUGUGGAGAUUAUGCCAGAGUGGGUCUUUGUGGGCCUGGUGAUCCUGGGGGCGUUCCUGUUCUUCCUCCUGGUGGGGAUCUGCUGGUGCCAGUGCUGCCCACACAGCUGCUGCUGUUACGUCCGCUGCCCCUGCUGUCCUGAGUCCUGCUGCUGUCCCCGGGCACUGUAUGUAGCAGGCAAAGCAGCAAAAGCUGGGUACCCUCCUCCAGUCUCUGCCAUGCCAGGUCCAUACUACAUCCCCAGUGUUCCUGUAGCUGGUGUCCCAUCGCCUGCUGUGCUGAUGGAUAAGUCGCACCCCCCUCCCUUAGCCCCAAGUGACGCCAGUGGAGGAAGCCAGAAUGCAGUGCGCAAAGGGUACAGGAUCCAGACUGACAAGGACAGGGACUCCAUGAAGGUGCUGUACUAUGUCGAGAAAGAACUGGCUCAGUUUGACCCAGCCAGGAGGAUGCGAGAACGAUAUAACAACACCGUGUCUGAGCUCAGCUCGUUGCACGAGGAGGACCUGAACUUCCGCCAGCCCUACCGGCAGUCGCGGAGGAAACCCCUGCCUCCCGCGGGGGACAUGGACGGGGACGCGGAAUACUGGGCGGGAGUCAUCGGCGGGGGCAGCACGUCCAGGUCUCAGGCUGUCUCUGAUUACAGAGAUGAGAGGGACAGUUACUGGCACAGCCAGCAGAGAUCCAAGUCCGAGAUGCUGUCCCGUAAGAGCUUCUCCGUGGGAGUGCCGGCUGUCUCCAUGGACGAGCUGGCAGCCUUUGCAGAGUCCUACAGCCAGCGGCCCCGGCGGGCAGACAGCCAGGAGACGCGGCGCUUCGAGCGGUCGGAGUCGCACGGCGGCCGCAGCGGGGGGCUGCCCCACCAGGACAGCUCCAUGGAGGAGUACUACUCCAAGCGCAGCAGAGGGAAUAGGGAGCCGCUGACGGACUCGGAUCGGGGCUGGUCGUACACCCCACCCCGGAGACGGGCCCACGAGGAGAAGCACCUUCCCAGGCUGGUGAGCCGGACGCCCGGAGGGAGCCAGAAAUACGACCACUCCUACCUCAGCAGCGUCUUGGAGAGGAAAUCCCGGAGCUACGAUGAGAGCGGUGACCAUUGUGCCACCCCCUCGAAGCUGAGCUCGCAGCCCAGCCAGAGAGGAGGGGGAACAUACUAUGCCUGGUCACCACCCUCCACCUACAAAGCCGAGAAGUCGCAGCAGCAGCCGCAGCAGCCGCCGUCGUCCCAAGAGGAGGAUGAGGAGGAGGACAGCCUGCCCCCCUACAGCGAGAGGGAGCUGAGCCGGGGCCCCUCGUACAGGGCCAGGGAACAGGCCUACCUCAAUGCCUCUGACAAGAAGAGGAAAAAGGACCCCAAGAAAACAAAUGAUUUCCCAACGAGGAUGUCCCUUGUGGUUUGAAGUUGUGGACAUCUCAUGUUGAUGGGCUGGAUAUCACGAGGUGACUGCAGUGGAGAAGAUACAGAGCAACAAGCAAGACUCUGUGACCCUUUGCAGCCAUCACCUGUGGACUGUUUCAAUUGUUUGUUUCAUCAGGGGAGCAGAGCCUUUUGUAUGAGACAGACGCCCAUGAACAGCACUCGGUCUCAGAGGCUCUGGGAAUCUGCCAAGAAAAUGAGGCCAGGGCUCUCUUUGGCACCCUGUUUCCCAGUGCCCUCCAUUCUGCACUGGAAGGCAGUCACAUCCCUACUGUCCCUGCAACCCUGAACUACAAGUGGGGAUGGCUUUGUGCCUCCUGCCCUGUCUCACAUGCAAAGGGAGGCCUGUGCAUACCUCUUGCUGUCUGCCUCCUCAGUUCUCUGGAUCAAAAUUGUCAUCCAUACUUAGAGCCAUCUGUGUCAUCCCCAUGAUGGGAGGAGGCCUUGUUCUUACAGCUGCAGACUGCCUCCAGCUGAUGGGGCCCUAAAUGGGAAAGAAAACUCACAUCCUCUAAGAAAAGGACUGAUGAGGUGUUAACUUUGAUAAGGGCUGAAUGGAGAAAGACAAUUAUGAGCUGGUUUGUUCAAUAUUUAGUUCUGUUCAUUGUUUGAUGAGAGUUUCAGGUGAGAUUGAUGUAUUGUUUUGAAAGUGGGUCAAAGUAGCUUUUAUUGUGAUGAGAGCAUGAUGUGUUUCCCCCCUGUCCACAACUGUGUUUUGUUUUGAUGCAGCUGCAUUUCCUUGCAGCUGAGCUAUGACCCUGUAGAGCUUCAAGCUAGAGUACCUACUCCACUGUACCAUAAGCAGUGCUCUAGCCUUGCUGGUGUUCUGCUUCCAGCACCACCAGGCAUCCCUGCAGAGUGAGUGGCCUUUUUGUUUUAAAGAAGCAAAAAGGGGACAGUCUCAGUGAGAAGGCAGCUGCAGACCUUCAGUCCGUGCUACUGGUAUCUCUCCAUUCUGGGAAUUGUUUCCAGACACUGAAGAGAGCAGUAACAGCAGUGGAAAAAGAAUUAAGCUCUGUGGAUGGACACAAGCUUUGAAAGUCACCCUUUUCACUUAAAACCAUUUCAGUCACCUUGACUGGGAUGGGGUUUUAGUGGCUGUUGUCUCAGGAACAGCUGAAUUUAGAAGUGAGUGCUUCACACCAUUUGGAAGCCUGACAUUCUUUUUUUCAUAGGGUAUUAUGCAGUCAUUUAGCUGUCAAAAUCAUCAUGUGAAGGAAGAUGAUGGGAUUAUUUCAAGGGCCAGUAUCUUGCCCCUUAUUAUGCCUAGAAACAACUUAGUGCCCUGUUGUGUUAUGGACAUUGUCAGCCUCUGAAAUUACAUCUUUGUUGUUACUCUGGGAAUUUGGGAACCUGUCUGGCCUCAGGUGCUGAUACUGGUAGUACUGUUUUGAACACAAGGUGUAUUAAAUCACUGCAGUUCUCCAUAAAAAAUGAUAGAUUAAUUUCUGUAUUACUCCUUUGCCAGGUCAGUUCACCCACCAGGAAUGGUCAGGGGAGAGAAAGAAUAAUCUCCAUAGGUCUGAUGACAGCGCAGUUUUCAUGUGAGAAGGUGAAUUGGUGAAAGGAUGGCUUUCUUCCUUAUUCCCAUAUUCCUCUGUAGUUUUGGAAAUCAUAGUCCUGCGUCUUCCUGGCAGAGAAGCAUUAGCCUGCAGGGACAUAAAAUCAUGGAACCACAGAACUGUUUGUGCAGGAAGUAGUUGUUAAAGAACAUCUAGUUCCAACCCUCUGCCAUGGGUAGGGACAUCUUCCACUGUAUCAGGUUGCUCAAAGCCCUGUCCAGCUGGACCUUGAACACUUCCAGUGAUGGUACAUCUGCAGCUUCUCUGGGCAGCCUGUUCCAGUGCCUCACCACCCUAAUAGUAAAGAAUUUCUCUCUUGUAUCUCCUAAAUUACCGUCUUUUAGUUGCAAGUCAGUGCCCCUCUCCAUUGAGGGUAAAAAGUCAAGAUGGAUGACAUCAGAUUCACUUUCCUUAUUCCCCAGUGCAGUCUGGGGAAUAAGGAAAUCACAGAAGACCUCCAAGGGAGCAGGCAUGAUUUGCCCUUGGUGGAGUCAUGCUGGCUGUCUCUCAUCACUUCCCUGCCAUCGUACGCCUUGACAUAGCUUCCAGGAGGAUCUCUUCCAUGAUCCUAGAGGUGAGGCUGAGUGAUCCUAGGGUUCUCUUUUUUUUACCCCUCUUAAAAAUGAGUGUGAUGUUUCCCUUUUACCAGCCACGGGGAACCUGACUGCCAUGACUUUUCAAAUAGGGAGAGCAGCUUAGCAACUGCGUUUGCCAGCUACGUGCUUGUAUUGUGGUUGGAGAGUCUAAAUGCUGAGUAUUUUCAUCUCUUCUCAUCACUGAUGUGUGUUCCUAGGAAAAUCCCAGUACAGUUAACAAGACGUAGGGAGGUGGCUGCCAUCUGAGACCCCUGGGGCCUUGAGGAGUCUACGGAGCCACACUACAUGCUGUUUUAAAUUAACAGUUCAUCCCUGACAUAUGAUGGUACUGGCAUGUUGAUGUUUUGUUAGUCUGAAAACCUUGGGAACCCCUAUGCCAUGAAUUUCAAGGGAGCUCAGCCUUCUAUCCUUUCCAUGAGACAUCCAGAAGACUCAGUUUACAUAGAGAUUUGAAAGUGCAUCUGCAACAAUGACCAUGUCAGAAAGGGGCCAAAAAACUGAUUUUACAGUCUCUGAAUACCUCUAUCUUUUAAUCACACUGAAAGCCUGAGCAUCACAAUCUCCUUUUCAUAUCGGUUCUGUCCCUUAUCUCAGUCACUGCAGUUUAUUUGAUCAAGCCCUCAGCAAUGAGUUGUGUGUAUUAAAAAUACAAGCCUUCCCCUCAUUUAUUUGAGUUGGUUUUGUUUGCUCAGUGCUGGUACUUUAGGGCUUCUGUACACUGUGUGUAAGAAGUUGCCAUUUGUGUAUCUAGCUUAUAAAUAAGUAGUUACAAACUAAUUCUCUUAGGAGAACUCUUAAUUAUAUAAACAACUGUUUGUAAGAACUCCUCCACAUCUCUUGAAUCCAAGUAGCUGGAAAAGUAUUGAAGAUUUUAUAACUAGUGAUUCCAGAAGUUUUACCAGAUGAUAAGAAUUUCAGCCUUAAAAAAAAAAAAAAAAGAGCAGGUCUUAAUUCCCUGAAGUCAGAUCUGGGCAGCACCUUGCUCUAAAAUUUCAGAUUUCAUAUCUCCCCGUACAGAUCUGAAGGCAUUUUCAUGGUUUCCAUUUACUGAUAGUAUCUGUGCUCAGGCCAUCUUUUAUUUUUCCAAUUAGAAAUGUGUCUGCAGCAGCAGCAGGAGCAAAUGGACCAAAUCAAGAAGUGAGGGGUGACGUAGAGUAUUUGUACAGCUACACAACCCUAAUGACCCGUGACUCCUGAACGGGGGAGCAGGGGGCCAGAGGCUGCUGGAGAGCCCGAGAGGAGCCUCAUGUUUCAGGAGAGAAGCAAUGGUUUGUGUCUGCACCAUCCUUCAGAACACCUGCAGAAUGCUGGCACUGGAAAAGAACGAGCCUGGUUAUUAUGUGGUCUCAAAUUAUUAUAAGUUUUCCAGUUAUCGGUUUUUAUUGCUGGCAUAAAAUUAAAAUCCUUUUCGUACCAGAUAUGGAUGUCUGGGUCAUGUCAAGGACACAGAUAGUUUUGUGAUCUUGAAGUCACAACAACACAACAGUGGCUUGCUAAGAAGACAACUGAGGUGAUUAACGAAUCCUUUAAAAAUAAAAGAGCCCUUAGAGCAACAGCAGGAUCAAGCAUCAGUGGUAGAUUUGGCUGUGCUGUCAAGAAAAGUGAUCUUGGCUAGUGAAAAAAAAGUUUUGACAUAAUGGAAUGGGAAAAUAAAUACCAGUGGUAAUGA